AUGGCUGCGGAUACGAAAACAUCUCCGGAUGGGACACCAUAUACCCUAUACCACAAUUACUAUUCCAUCUGCUCCAUCAUGAUGCGGUAUUUGAUGCGCAUUCGUGGUGAGCCCGCCGAUCCCGCCGUCAAAAUGGAUGUGAGAGAACAAAAUGUCGAUAUCUUCAGUGAAGAGCAGUUCAGCGAGGAGUACCUGCUGAAGGUGAACCCGAAUGGCCAGGUACCGGUGCUGGGAAGUCAUGCUGCAUUCCCCUUUCCACUUGCGCAAACGACUGCUAUCAGCGCUUACGUUUCGGAACGCUAUCCUGCUCUUAUGCCGGAAGCUCAUGCAGAAACCAUUCAAAAGUCCCUAAAGAAGAUGCAUGACCUUAACUUCUUCACCCUCUCCUUCCUGAAGAGUCCGAAACUUGCUUCUGGUUUUGCGGACACCGCGCUGAAACGACUGGCCAAAAGCGAUAUCAGUGAAGAGUAUCGCAAAGCGUUGGAGUAUAAGCUCAUGAUUCUAAAACGGGACAAAGUCGAUGCACUGCAGCCAGAAAAAAUUCAGAGCGAAGUGAGUAAGGCUACCACAUACCUGGAAGAGGUAGCAUCAUUCCUCCGACCAGAAGCCGGUCCUUGGAUGUUUGGGCAACAGAGACCCACGGCUCUGGAUGCCCAUCUCGUUGUGAUGAUAGCGAGACUGCAAGACGUCGGGCGCGGCGGCAUUAUUCCGGAUGCAUUGAAAGAAUAUGGCGAGAAGGCCAUGAGCACACCAGAAUGGAUUGAGGUAAUGCAAGGGAGGAGAACCAUGUAUGACGGGUCCGGGGCAGAACCGGGCCGUAAAGCUUAG